AGAGAAGUGGAAAACAAGCGUUGCAGAACAAUGAGAAAGAGGGAAAGAAGGAGCGAGCGAUGGUGGACAGUGUAUUCAUUGCAAGAAUAUGUAGAAUCCUGAAAAUACUGGUCCCAAGAACACUUUGCAAAGAGACAGGUUAUUUGCUGCUCAUUGCUGUCACACUGGUACUCCGUACAUACUGUGAUGUUUGGAUGAUUCAAAAUGGAACACUCAUUGAAAGUGCCAUCAUUGGUCGCAGCAGAAAAGGUUUCAAGAAAUACUUGUUCAACUUCAUUGCUGCAAUGCCUGCUAUCUCUUUAGUGAAUAACUUUCUGAAGUAUGGACUAAAUGAACUGAAACUUUGCUUUAGAGUAAGACUCACAAAAUACCUCUAUGAGGAAUAUCUUAAAGCUUAUACAUACUACAAAAUGGGAAAUCUGGACAACAGAAUAGCUAAUCCAGAUCAGCUUCUUACCCAGGAUGUAGAAAAAUUCUGUAACAGUGUAGUCGACCUAUACUCAAACCUUAGCAAGCCAUUUUUGGAUAUAGUUUUGUAUAUCUUCAAGCUAACAACUGCAAUAGGAGCACAGGGUCCGGCUAGCAUGAUGGCAUACUUGAUUGUCUCAGGGUUUUUCCUUACACGCUUAAGGAGACCCAUUGGCAAGAUGACUAUUAUUGAACAAAAAUAUGAAGGAGAGUACAGAUACGUCAACUCACGGCUUAUUACAAACAGUGAAGAAAUUGCUUUUUACAACGGAAACUUAAGAGAAAAACAGACUAUUCACAGAACCUUCCGUAAACUGGUGGAACACUUGCAUAAUUUCAUCUUGUUCCGGUUCUCUAUGGGAUUCAUUGAUAAUAUCAUUGCCAAAUACUUUGCCACUGUGGUUGGUUACCUCGUUGUUAGUCGUCCAUUUUUGAAUCUGGCUGAUCCUCGCCAUCAAAAUAGUACCCAUGCAGAACUUCUGGAGGAUUACUACCAAAGUGGAAGAAUGCUGCUAAGAAUGUCUCAAGCUUUGGGCAGAAUAGUGCUAGCAGGACGUGAAAUGACAAGACUGGCUGGUUUCACGGCUCGAAUUACAGAAUUAAUGCAAGUUCUGAAGGACUUGAACAGUGGCAAAUAUCAGCGUACUAUGGUAUCGCAAGAAAAGGAUGCAGAUAAGACACAAGUUCUGGCUCUGAUUCCUGGCUCUGGAGAAAUUAUCAACGCUGAUAACCUUAUCAAGUUUGAUCACGUUCCAUUGGUGACACCUAAUGGAGAUGUUUUGAUUCAAGACCUUAAUUUUGAGGUUCGAUCUGGUGCAAACGUUCUGAUUUGUGGGCCGAAUGGGUGUGGGAAAAGCUCGCUUUUUCGUGUUCUUGGUGAGUUAUGGCCUUUGUUUGGUGGGCGUCUGACUAAACCUGUAAGAGGAAAGUUAUUUUAUGUUCCUCAGAGACCAUAUAUGACUCUUGGAACACUCAGAGAUCAAGUCAUAUAUCCAGAUACUUUAGAAGAUCAACGAAAGAAAGGGAUUUCUGAUCAGGUGCUGAAGGAGUAUUUGGAUAAUGUCCAGCUCGGUCAAAUCUUGGAACGCGAAGGAGGCUGGGAUAGUGUUCAGGACUGGAUGGAUGUUCUCAGCGGGGGAGAGAAACAGAGAAUGGCAAUGGCAAGGUUAUUUUAUCAUAAGCCUCAGUUUGCAAUUCUGGAUGAAUGCACUAGUGCUGUCAGCGUGGAUGUAGAAGGCUACAUUUACAGCCAUUGCCGCAAGGUUGGCAUCACUCUGUUCACUGUCUCCCACAGAAAGUCACUCUGGAAACAUCAUGAUUACUACUUGCACAUGGAUGGUAGAGGAAACUACGAGUUCAAGAAGAUUACUGAAGACACAGUUGAAUUCGGAUCUUAAAAUUCAUCAACUGCGCUGCUAUAGAGACUGAUAAUUGCAGGAAAUAUGUAGAAUGGCAGACAUUGUACAAUAAAACUAUUCAGCUUGUUUUUAAGCAAAUUAACUAGGAUAACCCAAAACAAGCUGUUAAGCAUUUAUUAUUAUGUAGGAUAUUGCUAAUUGUGUAUAUGUUGGUUUAAUUAUUAAUAUGUACUAAGAAUGUCCUUAUUCUUGUGGUUUAAAAAGCUGCCUAAAUUAAAUUGGGCUUAAAUUGGUGUAACCUGAUUCAUCUUGGGAUGCAAACCAUUUGAAAUCAGCAGAUUUGACUUUUGUAGACCUUCCUUCCCUUCCAUGAAAAGCCCUGUUAAAAUUAGGGUUGCUACCUCUCUUGCUCCUGCAAAGCAGUCUUGGAUUCUUGCUCCGUUCUAUGCAUAUUUCUGAGUUAUCUCACAUGGGGCAGGACAGUCUCCCAUCUUCAGGUCUGUGCCCUGCUAGAUUGAUGAAAGAGCCUUUUCCUUGGCCAAGCCUUGUGAUGUAGCCAAUAUGCCUUUGUUGGUAAAGGAUGAACUCAACCUAAGAGAUGGGACUAAUUCCCUCAGAUAAAAUUAAGCUUGUUCCUUGGUAGGCUUUGUUUGGAUUUUCUUGAGCUUUU